UAUAUCUAAAGAAUAGGAAGAGCAGUAAAAUUAAAAUCAUCCUUUUCAUCACAUCGUAUUUAAGGGGGCGUGUCUACUUUCGUUUUGAAUAGUUAGUACUACAGUACCUUCGAUCAAAGUGUAGCCGACAAAAUGCCUGGAAAAAUGGAAGGUAAAGUUUGCGUCUGUACCGCAUCAGCUCAAGGUAUAGGAAAGGCUGUAGCAUUGGCAUUUGCAAGAGAAGGAGCACAGGUGAUAGCUACAGACAUCAAUGAAGAAAAACUAAAAGAACUAGCAGCCGAAUCGUCCAAUAUAUCAGUACAAGUUUUAGAUGUAACAAAAUCUGAUGCGGUGAAGGCGUUUGCUGAGAAGAUAGAUAAAGUUGAUGUAUUAUUUAACUGUGCUGGGUUUGUACAUAAUGGAUCUAUACUAGAAACCUCAGAAGAGCAAUAUGAUUUUUCAUUUGAUCUUAAUGUAAAAAGCGUAUACAGAAUGUGUACACAAUUUAUACCAAAGAUGAGAAGUGCCAAGAAAGGCAGUAUAGUCAGUAUUUCCUCUGUUGCCUCUAGUAUCAAAGGUGCUCCUAACAGAUGUAUAUAUGGUGCUACAAAGGCAGCUAUCAUAGGAAUGUCGAAAGCAAUGGCUUCAGACUUUAUCAAAGAUGGUAUAAGAGUAAACUGUGUAUGUCCAGGUACCAUCUUUACUCCAUCAUUAGAUUCUAGAAUAAGAGAUCUUCCAGAUUAUGACGAGGCUAUAAAAGGAUUCAUGGCAAGACAGCCUAUUGGCCGAUUUGGAACUGCAGAGGAGGUUGCUAAUAUGGUGUUAUUUUUAGCAUCAGAUGAGGCUUCCUAUGUAACUGGCCAAGAAUUUGUUGUUGAUGGUGGAUGGAGUAUGUAAUAGAAGGUGUUGUGAUUGAUCAAAGAAAGUCCUUAAAUACGAUAAAAGAAUGUGAUAACAAAAUAAUCAGUACAAAUUAUAUUUUACUUUUAUUUUUUUUAAAAGGGAACCAAAUUGCCUCGACUAACACAUAGUUUACGUUUUUUGAAGGUUAUAAUUGUAAUGCGUGUUGAUACGAUAACAUUUGUGACACAAGAUAUUUUGUUCUUUCGAAAAGAUGAGAAUUUCCAGGUAACUGAUAAAUCAAUUUUUUUUAUUUUUGCAUGAAACAUAUAUUCCUCAAUGUAUUAUUAUAUGUUUCAUGUCAGUCCUUGAUAAUUCACAUGUUUUGAAAAAUUGCCUAUAUUUAAAUGUUAACUAAACUUUUUUUAAAUUCUUCUUCAAGAAUUUUGGAUAUGGUUUCUUCGGUGUUUGGUAUUUUUGUCAUUU